AUGUCUGACAACCUCCGCAAGGGUCUCGGCGAGCAGGCGUCUGAGAAGAUCACCCCUGACUCCCAGAAGUCCACCACCGACAAGAUCAGCGAGAACGUCUCCGGUGCUGGUGACCGCAUUGCCGGCGCCGUCCAGCCUGAGGGUCAAAAGUCCACCGGCCAGAAGAUCGGAGACUCUACCCGCUCCGGCUCCGACAACGCCUCUCAGCAGGGCGAGGGUGUCCUCAAGCAGGCUCAGGAUGGUCUCAGCAACGCUGCUGCCUCCGUCCAGAACACCCUCGGCGGCGGCAAGCAGUAG